AAUAAUUAAGCGAGGCGCCGGGAGCUCCGCCCCCAUCCGUGUUGCGUGGCCACUUCCGGCAGCUCAGUAGAGGCGGCGACGCCAGCGGACAGGGCAGAAAGGACCAGAGGGGUGAAAGAGCUUGAAGACCUGAACUAAGCCAAAAUGUCAUCUGAAUUGGAGACACCAUCAGAUGGAGUGGAUGAAUCUGAAAAAAAAAGCUCUGGAGGACCUGAAUUGGAAAACCAUGCAAAACAAAUGGACCUUUCUGAGCUUCUGAAGGAAGGGACUAAGGAGUCUCAUGACCGUGCAGAGAAUACCCAGUUUGUGAAAGAUUUCUUGAAAGGCCAUAUCAAGAAGGAUCUCUUUAAGCUAGCUACCACUGCACUUUAUUUCACAUACUCAGCCCUAGAAGAGGAGAUGGACCGAAACAAGGACCACCCGGCCUUUACUCCCUUGUAUUUCCCCAUGGAGCUACACCGCAAGAAGGCGCUGACCAAGGACAUGGAGUAUUUCUUUGGUGAGGAGUGGAGGGAGAAAGUGAAGUGCUCAGAGGCCACCCAGUACUAUGUAGACCGGAUCCAUUACGUGGGGCAGCACGAGCCGGAGCUCCUUGUGGCCCAUGCUUACACACGGUACAUGGGGGACCUUUCUGGGGGCCAGGUACUGAAGAAGGUGGCUCAGCGGGUACUGAAGCUGCCAAGCACUGGAGAAGGGACCCAGUUUUACGUGUUUGAGAAUGUAGACAAUGCCCAGCAGUUCAAGCAGUUUUAUCGGGCCAGGAUGAAUGCCCUGGAGCUGGAUCUGAAGACCAAGGAGAAAAUUGUGGAGGAGGCUAACAGGGCCUUCGAGUACAACAUGCAGAUUUUCAAUGAACUGGACAAGGCUGGCUCUUUGCUGGCCACAGAACCCCAGGAUGGAGAGCUUCUAGUACAUGAUGGGAAAGGAGAUGUGCGCAAGUGCCCCUACUAUGCUGCUCAACAAGGUAAAGGUGCCCAUGAGGGUAGUGCUUGCCCCUUCAAAAACAUCACGACUUUACUGAGGCAGCCCAACCUUCGACUUGUCCUUGCUGCUGUUGUGGCCCUGGCUUCUGGACUGAUGGCCUGGUACUUCAUGUGAAGGAGGAGCCUGUGACCCUGGGACUCACCAGGGAUGAUCCCAGUCAACCCCCCACCCCUCCCCUAACCCCACUGACUAAACUACCACCUCAGGUGACUUUUUUUUUUCUCAAAGCUGGGUUUGAGAAAACAAGCAACCAAUAAAACCAGACACUAAAGUCAAUGCCCAACAGACUGCUCUCUGCAAUAUGAUUUCGUAACCCAGAUACUAAGGGUAGGGUCAUGGAUCUCCCCAGCAAGAUAAGCCCAGAGGACAACUCAAACCCAGAACUUAGUGAUACAGGAAGCACAGCUUAGAUCCAAAAACCUCUAUGCAGUGGAGCAAAUUUCCCUCAGCCUUGUGGAGUCAACUCUUCCCCUCAGGGCUCCACCAUGAACUUAGGGCUCUCUUCUUCCUUCCUCUCGUCUCUCAUCACUCAGGUUUGUGUUGAUCACUCAGUCGAUGAGAUGUUUAACUCAGAACAAUGGUAACUUGUUGGGGUGGAAGGAGGGAAGAGAGAAAAAGAAUAAAGCUGCUAUACUGUGUCCACCACACCAAAGGCAGGGGGACAAAUAACCCUGGGAGGAAAGUAGCCUGUGUUUUGGGGCCUGAGAACCAGGUUUCUAUCCUAGACUGUGAGGAAGAGUUUCAUUUUGGCUACUUCCUUCAGCAGAUCAACCCUUCUGUCUCUCCUGGACAGAACAACAGAAGCAGAGUUUGGCUUCUCACGUAACCCAUGUAAAUGCUAAAGCAUCCUUAAUAAAGUUUAUACUUGAAA